AUGGCGAGUAAAAAUUCUUCAUCAUCGGGAAAAAAAGCAGCUUUAACAGCUGAAGAACAACAAAAAAUUGUUUCAGGUUUUCAAGCAUUACGUGAUGAACAAACACAAUUAGUACAAAAAACUCAAGAUUUAGAAAUGGAUUUAAAAGAACAUGAUCUUGUUCUUUCAACAUUAUCAACAAUAACGGAUAAACAACGUCGUUGUUAUCGUAUGAUUGGUGGUGUUCUUAUUGAACAUACUGUUGGAGAAGUUGUGCCAGCCCUUCAAACUAAUCGUGAGCAAAUUAAUAAUGUUAUUGAAAGUUUUAAACAAAAAACAGAAGAGAAAGCUAAAGAAUUAACGGCUUAUAAACAAAAGUAUGAUAUACAUUUUUCGUAUGAACGACCAACACAACAACAAACAGGAAAAUCUGCUAAUAAUACAGCUGAAUCAGGAGGAACAAAAAAAGAACCACAAGAUUCAGGUGUUUUAGUUGAAAAAGAAAAUUAA